GUGGAAAUCCGAGCUAGCUCAACUCAACUGCAUGAUCCAUCUCUUUCACACUCUCUCUCUCUCUCUCUCUCUCUCUCUCUCUCUUCAUUUUAUUCGGACAGCAGAGAAAGGAGAAAGAAAUUAGAAAAUGCUGCAAUGUCCCAAACAAACAUUUGCUAGGCUUUUCUACAAUGUCUCCUCCUCCUUCUUCCUCCUCCUCCUCUUCUUCCACUUCACCUCCAUAUUCCUCGCCAAUCUCUUCAUCUUUUUCGGCGGCAACCCCUUCUACCAACGGAAUCAAGAAGGGUGCGAAUUCGGGGCGUUCUCCGACGAGGAGGAGGCGGAGGAGGAGGAGGACGUGUACGGCGGCUCCAAGGCGGUGGAGGAGAAAUUAGGGGUGGCGGCGCCGCCGGAUGUGUAUGUCGGGAAUAAUUAUGGAUAUAAUAAUUCGGUCCUAAGAGAUCCUUACGAGUCUCCUCCGAGUGAAGAAGAAAGCUCCGGCGCCAGUGAAACUUCCGGUUAUAGCACGCCGGCAGCCACCGAAUAUGACGAGGAGGAGAAGAUUCUUGUGGAGGAUACUGACACGUCAUCAGAUCCCGACGACCCCACGAGGACAAGAUCAUUCAGCGCCGCCGCGACGACAAGACGUGGCGGCGAAGAAGAAGAUUCAGAGUUCCUGGUAUUCCAACCCUCGAAAUCCCAAGGCAAAAAGCUGGUGCACGAGAUCAUUAGCCAUAGCCGCAAAUUAGAAGACGAUGAGGAGAUCUACGGCGAUACCUUCACCGUCGGAUCGACCUCGAAAGAUUCCUCGGAAUGGCGAAGCAGCUCCAUAAAAGAUUCCGCCACGGACGACCCCUUCUCAUCGUCUUCGCGACGCAGCACCUGCCCCAAAUGGGAAUCCUACGCUGUCUUCCACAAGUACGACGAAGAAAUGCUCUUCUUCGACAGAAUCACCGCCCAGAAACUCCACGAAACUGAGUCGCUGAAAUCCAUAGAAAUGUAUCCGAGGUCGUUGUCGGAGAGAAUAGUGCAGAAGCUGAGAACGAGGAGCAGAAGAUCAACGUCGUCGAUGGAAUUCCGACAGAAUCCGUACCACGAAUUGGAGUCCGCUUACGUGGCGCAGAUCUGUCUGACGUGGGAAGCCUUAAACUGGAACCUCAAGUACUUCCAGCGGCUCCGGGCGUCGCGUCGCGAGUUCGAUCCAGGGUGUCCGGCAUGCGUGGCGCAGCAAUUUCAGCAGUUCCAGGUUCUCUUACAGAGGUACGUCGAGAACGAGCCCUACGAGAAUGGCAGAAGGCCCGAAAUCUACGCCCGGAUGCGGAGCCUCGCGCCCAAGUUGCUUCAGGUGCCCGAAUAUCGAGACUGUGAAGAGGAGGAGGAGGAGGGGCAGAGCACGAGCAGGAGCACGAGAAUUCCGUCGAGUUCGUUUCUGGUAAUAAUGGAGGAGUCAAUUCGGACGUUCAUGAGCUUCCUCAAACAGGACAAGAAGAGCCGGUGCGAGAUGUUGGCCGACUUCUUCCUCCGGCGCCGCCGCGGCACCGCCGACGGGACUCUGCUGUGCUUACUGAAGAAAGUAAACAAGAAGAAAAAAGCCAAGUUGAAGGAGAUCCGGCGGUCGGGGAAGUGUUGUCAGCUGCGGAUGAGGCGGCGGCGGCGGCUGAGGGCGGAGGAGGAGCUGGAGAUUCUGAUGGCGAUGAUUGACCUGAAAGUGGUGUCGAGAGUGCUGAGAAUGGCGGAGAUCAACGGUGAGCAGCUCCACUGGUGCGAAAACAAGAUGGGCAGAGUCAGGGUCGCUGACGGCAAACUUCACAGAGACUCCGCGCCGCUCUUCUUCCCGGCGCACUAACCUCACCUCACAAGCUAUAUAAUAUAUAUAUAUAUAUAUAUUAUUAAAUUAUAAUUAUAAAAGCAGAUCGAGAAGGGAUGACUAGAUGCUGAUGUCCCGGAUGGAUGGAUGGAUAUUCACUAUAUGUACAAAGCUGCUGCCUGCCUGCCUGCCUGGUCUCUGCUAACGAUACAUUCUUUUUUUUUUUUCUUUUCUUUUCUUUUUUCUUUUUUCUUUUUUCUUUAUCUAGGGGUUGUAUAUAGAUAUGCUAUAUAAUACGUAGAGGAGAUGUGUAUGCAUUUUGUUGUGUUGGUGGAAUGAUGAUGAUGAUUCAAUCAUUCUGCAGGGAGCAGUCUUUGUGAGUAAUAAGUAAUUAUUUUAAUAAAGCAAGAAAAGUAAUA